GCAUUUACCAUCACUCACAUGCUGCGCUCGAUCAUUCCCUCUUUUGUGCAGCGGACAAUGAGGGCCAGAGGUACAGGGUUUAAAAAGGAUACACACACUGUUACAGCCAGCAGCCGUGGAGAGAGACCAGCCAAACCAGAGUUGUUGAAUGUUUAGAUGGACAGCGUUUUCCCGGGCUUCUCCACGAUGCUGUAUACUUUAGCAGGAGGAGGCACGCUCUGUGGCGUGGCCGCCCUCGUGCUUCUCAUUGUUUCUACGGCAACGGACUUCUGGAUGCAAUAUCGAUACUCGGGUAGCUUGGCCAAUCAGGGCCUUUGGAGGUUCUGUAUCAACCACAAAUGUCAUGCUCACACCAUAACUGUAGCCUUCUGGGAUGCAACACGGGCCUUCAUGCUGCUGGCGGUGCUGAGCUGUUUCGCCGGUGUGGUGCUCGGCCUGAGCGCCUUCACCAACGGCACCAAGAACCGGCGGGUCCGCACAGGUGGCAUCGCCCUGGUGCUGUCAGGUUUUCUUGCACUGCUGGCUUUGGCAAUCUACACUGGAGUGACUGUCACCUUCUUUGGCAAACGCUUCUUGGACUGGCGCUUCUCCUGGUCCUACAUCUUGGGCUGGGUGGCCAUCAUUCUGGCUUUUGCUGCAGGUGUGUUCCAGCUCUGUGCUUACCAGCGGACCACUGCAGAACCUGCUCCUUCAAAUAACCAGGACACCUGAACAAGAUGAAGACAGUGUUUAGCCCUAAGACUGUUGCAAUGGAUGUCACUGCUGCUUUGAGUACCUAGAAUGGAAUAAAUAGAAAUCAUAGAUACCUCUGUGGUUUCACUGCAACCUUG